AUGGCUAAGGUGUUGCUGCACAUGUCGGGCCGGGCACGGUACCGCCUGAUGGCGGUGGCUGUCGUCGCCCUGCUGUUGUUCUACACCUCGACUUCAAUCAUUCCCGCCAUCUUCUUCCAAUGGCCCAAGCGGGUCGAGUUCUUCAGCUGGGAGCACCCGGACGCCGUCUUCCCGGAGAAGAGGUACAAGCCGGCGCCGGCGCCGGUAACGCCGGUCCCGGAUCCGUUCCCGCUGCUGUCGCAGAAUCCGCCGCCCAAGCGCAGCCUCCUCCAGGCGCCCGAGGCGAACCGGCCCCCGCGGCGACACCACCCCGAGCGUACGCCGCUGUUCGUCGGCUUCACGCGCAACUGGCCGCAGCUGCUGCAGUGCGUGGUCAGCUACAUCGCCGCCGGAUGGCCGCCCGAGGACAUCUACGUCGUCGAGAACACGGGCGUCAUGUUCGCCAACCGCGACGGCAAGCUGACGCUGCAGAACCCGUUUUACCUCAACCACACGCAGCUGCGCAUGCUGGGCGUCAACGUUAUGAUCACCCCAACGCUGCUCACCUUUGCCCAGCUGCAGAACUUCUACCUCUGGACGGCCCUCAACAACGACUACCCCUACUUCUUCUGGACGCACCAAGACCUGCUAGUCUUCUCGCACGAGCACAACAGCAGCAGCACCGCGACGAGCGGCUCCGCGCCACCGCCGUCCCUGUACGCCAACGCAGUCGCGACGCUGCGGUACCUGCUCUCGCCGGCGGCGCCCAAGUGGGCGCACCACUUCUUCGCGUACGACCACCUGACGCUGGUCAACCGGGACGCGGUGCUGUCGGUGGGCGGGUGGGACACGCACAUCCCGUACUACGCGACCGACUGCGACAUGUACGUGCGGCUGAUGUGGGCGGGGUUCUGGCAGGGCGAGUCCGAGAUCGGCAUCAUCCUGGACGUGGCCAGCGUGAUGGCCGACGUGGGCGCGCUGCUGCGGAUCCCCGGGAUCCGGGCGCGGCUGGUUGGGGAGGAGCAGGAGCAGCAGGAGCAGGCGGAAGAAGACGACGACGAGGAGGAAGAAAAAAAGUGGGUGGCGGAGCACGGCGAGCGGUGGGAGCGGCUCGUGCAGCUGGGCUAUCGCAUGGAGGCGGCCAAGUACUCGGAGGGCAACGCGUGGCGGAAUACGUGGCAGAUACGGCAGCGCGGCGGGCAGGGCGAGCCGUUCUACCGCGAUGCCGAGGGGUUCGAGACGGGCGUGAAGAUGAUGAUCGAUACCGGCCGGGCUGUGUUCGCCGAGAAAUGGGGCCACCGCGGGUGCGACAUUGCGAAGGCUGGCAGGACCCCCGAGGAUGCCUGGCGGCUGGAGAGGGACUGGGACGUGGACACGGAGGGGGCUGGGUUUCAAGGACACUCGUGGUAG